AUGGCGGUCCAAGCAUGCGCGUUGUCUCUAGGGCUGGGGCUGUGGAUGACCCUCUUGCUGCCGGUACUGCCGGGGGCGAGAGCUGCUGGAGCGCGGUGGAGCGGGGAGGGUACCACGCCUCACCUCCAGAGCAUCUUCCUGGGCCGCUGUGCGGAGUACACCACGCUGCUGAGCCUUGAGCCCGGGAACAAAAACUGCACAGCCAUCUGGGAGGCCUUCAAGGUGGUGCUGGACAAGGAUCCCUGCUCUGUGCUCCCCUCAGACUAUGAUCUCUUCAUUAACCUGUCCAGGCACGCCAUUCCUAGGGACAAGUCACUGUUCUGGGAAAAUAACCACCUACUGGUUAUGAGCUAUGCAGAGAACACCCGCCGCCUUAUGCCCCUGUGUGACGUUCUGUAUGGCAAGGUUGGAGAUUUCUUGAGCUGGUGUCGACAGGAAAAUGCCUCUGGACUUGAUUACCAGUCCUGCCCCACCGCAGAAGACUGUGAAAACAAUGCCGUGGACGCCUACUGGAAAAGUGCAUCCAUGCAGUAUUCAAGAGACAGUUCAGGAGUGAUCAACGUCAUGCUGAAUGGCUCAGAGCCGAAAGGAGCCUAUCCCACGAAAGGGUUUUUUGCAGAUUUUGAAAUCCCAUACUUGCAAAAGGAUAAAGUCACAAGAAUUGAGAUCUGGGUCAUGCAUGAAGUUGGGGGACCCUAUGUGGAAUCCUGCGGCGAAGGCAGUGUUAAGAUCCUGGAAGACAGACUGGAGGCCUUGGGGUUCCAGCACAGCUGUAUCAAUGACUACCCGCCGGUGAAGUUCUUAAUGUGUGUGGACCACAGCACUCACCCCGACUGUGUCAUGAACUCAGCCUUAGCGUCUAUGCGGAGGGAGAGCCCAGCUCUUCAUGCAAUAGGAGACGCCAGCCUCAUCAUCUCUCUCUUAGUGGCUUUGGUUUCAAGUUCUCAAGCAUGA